UGCUAAGAAAUUGUUACGGGUAAUAAAUUGCUAUCUGCUCUGAAUUGGACAGGACUCGAGGAGUAAAACGACGCAAACGUGUCCUGUUCGGAAAAUUCGACAGCAGUCCGGAGGCGGGAGCGGUCAGCUUCCCAUGUUCCGAAACGCCUCCCCCCCCUUUCCACCGGGAUUCUUUCACAAUUACUCACACAUUUUAAUAGACUACGAAGGGCGGGAAAAGCUUAACGUGGAUUCACUUCGCGCGCCUCGAAGAGGAGCGGCACUUUUAUUUUUCUUCUAACCGAGGCGGGUGUCCCUUAUAGAGAAACGCCGCGCACGGAGGCGGCCCCUCGCUCGCCCUUUUAGGGGCCGGCCGCGACUGCCCAGCGUCGACUUGAGUUCUUUGAUGGGCGGAGUUGGCGCUUCCAGCCCCCUACCCUGCCCUGCCUUGGGAAAGGGGGCCAACCUAGCGUCGCGCUCUUCGCCUCCUAACAGCGGACUCCAGCAGCAUGGACGCGGGCUCUGGCCCCAUUAGCUCCGCUCCCAACUUUCAAGAAGGUUCUUUCGGUUGCCCCAUUUGCCUAGAUGCUCUGAAGGACCCGGUCACCACUCCUUGCGGCCACAAUUUCUGCUUGGAGUGCCUCGGGGCGCACAGGCAUCACCCCGGGGGCGUAACAGGAGCCGGAGGACAAAGUGCCUCCCGCUGCCCCCUCUGCCAGGAACCCUACCCAGCCGACCUCCCGCUCCGUAAGAACCACACCCUGGCCGAAUUGUUGCAGCUCCGACAACCCGCGCCGAGCAGUCCGGGCCUGGCUAUGGCACCCGAGGAAACGUCGGAGCCGGGCGCUCCAGGGAACGGCGAUGCCCACAUCAAGGAGGUGCUUUGCGAUUUCUGCACCGACGGGGAGAGGGCUGAAGCGGCCAAAUCGUGCUUGGUGUGCUUGGCGUCCUUCUGUGCCCCCCACUUGCAGCCUCAUCUGAAAAGUCCGGCUUUCCAAAGCCACCGGCUGGUUCCGCCCUUGCGGCAUAUCGAGGAGAGCCUCUGCAAAUUGCACCUCAAGCCCUUGGAGAGCUUUUGCCGGACCGACCGCAGCUGCAUCUGCCAGCUCUGCCUGGCCCAGGAGCAUCGAAACCACGAGGUGGUGGCCGUGGAGGUGGAGCGGGAACACGUGGAGGCCCAGAGGCCCAAAAUCCUGAACAAUAUUGAAAAUCAGCUGGAUGAACUGGGAGCCGCAAUAGCACAGAUGAAGAGAAUGGUGGACCUCAUCAAAGCUACUGCUCAGAAGGAGAAGGAAAAGGUCAGCAGUCUCUUUACCGAGGCCACCAAGGUCCUGGCAACCUUCAAGAAGGAAGUGCUUGGUUUCAUUGAGGUUGAUGAAAGAGCCAUGCUGGGCGGAGCGGAAGAGGAACUGCGGCAUAAAGAAGAGCGACAUGCCCUGCUGAUGGAACACAAGCAGAACCUGGAGAAAGUCCCCAGCAUGGACACCAUCACUUUCCUGCAGGAAUUCCAGGCAUUAAAAAUAGCAGCUGAGGAAAAAAAACUUGCAUGUUCAAACUUCCCCAGAGAGUUGAGUUUUAUUAAAUCCAGUCAGGCCGUGUUUGCUGUGAAGGAGCUGCUGGGAAAUAUUUGCAAGAACCAAUGGGACCAACUGUCAGGGAAGGGUGAGAAUGGACCUUUUCUUCAUGGGAUACCAGAAGUGACACUUGAACCGCAGGUUUCAGAAAGGAGCAUCAACUCUGCCAGUUUGGAAUCACGAGAUUAUUUUCUAAAAUCUGCAUUCAUCAUUGACUUGGACAGUGAUACUGCUGACAAGUUCAUCCAACUCUUCGGGACCAAGGGGGCUAAGCGUGUGCUGAAUCCCAUUGCUUACCCUGAGACCUCAACCAGGUUCAUCAACUGUGAGCAAGUAUUGGGCGAGAAUCUUAUGAACCGUGGCAACUAUUACUGGGAAGUGGAGAUCAUAGAUGGUUGGGUGAGCAUUGGGAUCAUCACUGAAGAUUUCAAUCUCCAGGAAUCAUAUGACCGGGGCCGCCUAGGAAGGAAUGAAAAGUCCUGCUGUCUGCAAUGGAAUGGCCAGAAUUAUGUCGCGUGGUUUGGCGGAUUUGACUGUGUUAUACAGCAGCCAUUUUUUCAUACUAUUGGGGUGUACUUGGAGUAUUCAGAGAAGGUGCUGACAUUCUAUGGAGUCAAGGAUUCCAAGAUGACUUGUCUCCAACAGUUCAAAGUGGCUCGCUUCAAAAAGGGGCAUUUUGACCCUUUCCAGAAUAAGAUUAACCACCAGUUUCCAGCACUGUUCAUGCACAACCUCAAGCCAGCCUUUUUUCUCGAAAGCGUAGAUGCUCACAUGCAGCUCGGGCCUUUGAAGAAAGACUGUGUUUCAGUACUUAAACGGCGAUAAUUUGGUCAAUGUAUGACCAAAGAUAACAAUUUUGACAAAUAGGAUGUUUGUGUCAUCUCUGCUGGAGCACUGCAUCAUCUUGUUGCUGCUCUUUUUACUUAUUUGAUAAGUAUCAACGUUUAAAGAAGCACUUUUCAGCAAAACAUUUUCCUUCUCUUGGACAUAAUAAUUAUUUACAAAGGGCUUGAUCUAAAGCAAAAGACAUCUCCAUUUCAUCUAUAUGAACCAAUGGUAUCUCCAGAGACUGUGCUCUGUUUCAUAAGUAAUACAUGGAUCAAUAAUCAAUGGUACCAUGGAAACCCAUCUUCAUAAUAGCGGGCAGAAAAAAAUACUACCACUGAUCAAAAAUGCUGAAGGCCAUCACUUAAAUGCCCCUAGAUGAAGACUGCUCUUCCACAGCAUUUGAAAAAAACAACUGUGGAGAAAACAAUGGUGUCAGCUGUCAACAGAGAAAAUGACAUAUAUGAACAAAUAUAUUCAGCUUUGGGUUACAAUAGCAAGAAAAAUUAUGGGGCUGUGGGGAGCUUUAGUUGAUUCUUAGCUUUAAUCUAAAUUCUAGUCUAAAUAUUAGAAAUAUAACUUUGAAAUUAAAUGAAGCAUCUGUGGCUGUGUGUCAGACCCGCUAUGUAGACCAGUUCAGGAAAUGAUCUCCAAAGAAAGGAUACAAUUUUUACGGAGAUAGACUAUAAUAAUUGAGUCUUGCAAGUCUGAUUGUAAUAUACCACAAUCUCUUUAAAGUUCAGUGAAUUAGGGUGCCAUCUGCCAAAUGCUAUCUCCUUGUUUUGGACUUUAAAAUGUUCCUAUCAUUUUUGUCUAGGUAAUGGUUCCUGCAUGUUUCCAUCACGGUCACAUUGCAUACCCUGUACACUGUGCUUUAAUGCUAUAUGUGCCCAUUUAUUAAUAAUUGGGUAAAAAGUGUAACGUAAACUGAGUUGCAGAUCUGAAUGUGAGGUACUGAACAGGUGAGUACCUGCACAAGAAGAGCAGAAUGUUUAAGCACUGAGUUGCAAGUUUCCCCUUUCCUUACAGCAUCUUAUAGGCACAGAAGUAUUAUAAUAAUGGAGAUUCAAUGGCUUUCUGGAGUCACUGGCUGGUUGAAUCUGAUGGAAAUUCAGGCUUAUUAGUCUGUGAAGGACCGCAGAUUCCUAUUUCUAUGACAUAGUCUGCUUUUCUUAGCUGCAUUUUGAGUACAGAUCCAUGGAAGUACAAUGGAAGAAAGAUCAUUGAAGAAUGGGGAUUGAACUUUCUUGUGUAACAAAGAUACAAAGUGUAUAAAAUACAUCCUUUCCAAAUAUACUAAAAGGACACUGUAAACAUAAAUAUACCAUAAUUUAGUCAUGCUGAUAGUAAUGGUGAGGAAAUUCUAGCUGCUAUUGUUAAAAAAAAAGAUUUCAAGUUAAACUAUGAGGAGACCAAGUUUUUCAUUAAGCUUAGGCUUUUUUAAAAUUGUUUUGUGACUUUUUAAGAUUGUUUUGUUUAGAACAGGAUUGACAGCUGAGUUCGAAUAAACCAUCCAUUGGAUUCCUUUCUUUCUAGAAGAUAAUAGGCUAUGAGCAUUCAUAAUGUAAAUUAGGACUGAAUAAGGAGAAAAUUUAGUUUGGAGACAGCUUUUUUUUUGCCAACACAGGAUAAUUUUCUUCUUUGAAGCAUUAAUCUAGUGCUAGGCCACAUCAUUAAUUCUAUGAUCUCAGGGGAUUAUAUUGUUACAAGAGGGUUUUGCAGUAUUAGUGAGUACAUUAUUUGUCUCCAAAACAUGUUUUGUUCCAUUAUAUCCUGUAUCCAAAGUGAGAGGAUAGUAGAUUUGAUUAAUCAUGAAAAUAAUUUAAUAAGCACACUCUUCUUUGCUGCUGGGCCUCACUGAAAUAUUCCUGCCUUUCAUUAAAAAAAAUGUGAGGUCCUUAUAGUUUUGUUUGUGUAAAUUCUUCCGUUAAUGAAAACACUGCAGCAUAGUCCUGAAAUGCACAUAUCUUGUAUUCUUUUUUCAAAGUAAGUUUUCACCAUCUUUCUAUAAAGGAAAAAUGAUAGGUACAUGAUGUACAUAUUGAAUUGCAUGUUGCAAUCUAGUAUCUUAAAUUUAUAUCCAAUUAAUUAGUGUUCGGAAGGUUACAGGGUUUAAUAAAGAUAGAUGAUAGACGUUUGAAUUUGUAAGAAAAUCAGAGUAGUAUGUAAUCCACUCUAGUUUGAAAUUAGGACUUUUUAAAUAUUUAAAGAUGGUUAGUUACUGAAAUAGAUGGAACCACAAUUGCAGGACUUGACAGAAGGAGCACUCAAGAUGGUGGAGAGGAUUUCAUUGUCCCUAACAGGACAGAAGGCACAGUUCUGUGAGGAAAGAAUCUACGUGCAGAUGAUCUCAGUUAGGGGAGAUAAACAUUGUUCAUUUUUAUAAUGCAGCUGUUGUAACUGGGGGAAAUACUAUAGUUUGUAACUUACUGAAUAACUGGUUGAUGGUAACAAGGCUACACUUAAUUUGAAGAGUUUGUUCAAUUGGAUUCAAAUACUACCAAAAUAUGUCAUACAUAUGACUGCGACAGGAUUUUCUUUUUUCAAAAAGAUUCAGGAUGAGAAUUGAUUUUUUUUAAAUGUGUUAAGGUGAUUUAAAGUAUAGGAUAGUUUUUAAUCAUCUGUUUCAGCUUCUCAGGAAACUACAUCAUUAUAUUUUAUCAGUCAUGCUACCAAGUUUGAUAGAGAGGGAGUUUCAAAUGUUAUGAAAAGCAAAUGUGGAGGCUAGACACCAGUGAGAGGCUGCAGACUGGAAAUUCCUUUAUAUUUCCUGGUUAAGGAUUAACAAUACAAAUCUUUAGAGCAUGAAAUCAUUUAUAAUCACAUGAUAAUUAUUCUUAGACCAUUGCAUACAGCAGGUAUUUUAAGCUUUCUGAACAAUCCAGCAUCAAUCUUGUCAUAAUGUGGUUAAAAAUUAAUAUUUCUAGCUCUCAUUCAUUACAUUCUGGUCUUGCCUAGUUAUUGUUCCACAUCUGAUCAUAAGGUUUCAUUUGUACACAAGAUUCUCAGAGCAUUUAGUUUGGAAGAAAACUUUGGAAAAAUGUGUUUUAUCCACAGCUGGGCCAGCCAGGAAAUUUUGUUAUAAAAAUCCAUGGCAUAAACCACAAUAAACUGGAAUUAAAGAAAUAGUUCAAACCACAAAAA